AUGGGAUCAGUGGACGCCAACCUCGCCCUUGUGCAUGGUCCGACAGAGCCCGCUCUAUGGUCUACAACUCUGGGUAAAUUUAUGAACGAACAGGCCAAUCGCUUUAAUGAUAGACCUGCAAUUAUUUUUCCAUGGCAGUCGGUGCGGCUGUCUUAUGGCCAAAUGAUGGAUCGGAGCAAACUCCUCGCCAAAGCUAUGCUCGAAAUGGGCCUGCGCCAUGGUGACUGUGUCGGCAUAAUGGCAGGUAAUUGCUACCAAUAUAUCGAGGUCUUUCUUGGUGGCGCGAGAAUUGGGUGUCCUGUGGUCGUAUUGAAUAACACGUAUACUCCCCCCGAGCUACUUAAUGCCGUGCAUAGAAGCUCUUGCAGAUUAGUCUUCGUCGCUUGUAACAUCGGCAUGCGAGAUCUCUCGACUCAUAUACAAGUCCUUCGCGGUACUUCAUCCUCGAACCCAGAGUUGCCGGAGUUGAAACGAGUUGUGUGUCUUGGAAACUGUGCAGCAGACACUCCUGGUGUCGAAAUACAGUCUUACAGUACUUUCAGCUCGAAUGGGCAUUCUGUGUUCAUAACCGACUGCGUUCUUCAACAUGCAGAAGACGCUGUGAGACCCGAGGAUAUUUUGAAUCUCCAAUUCACUUCCGGUACCACUGGAUCUCCCAAAGCUGCGAUGCUCAGUCAUGUCAACCUCUUAAACGAUGCGCGGUUCGUUGGCGAUGCCAUGCAACUUACCCCAGAGGAUGUGAUCUGUUGCCCUCCACCUCUAUUCCACUGCUUCGGCCUAGUUCUCGGUUUUCUUGCCGCUUUCACGCAUGGCAGUUCGAUUGUGUUCCCGUCGGACUUUUUUGACGUGAGAAAAGUGGUCGACGCAAUUGUGGCGGAGGACGCAACUGUGCUCCUUGGUGUGCCGACCAUGUUCGUAGCCGAGCUCGAAGUGAUAAAUAAAACAGGUCAGCGACCGCGACGUCUACGCACAGGAUUAGCCUCCGGCUCUGCCGUUUCGGAGGGUCUGAUGAGUGAGCUACGGACGAAGAUGGGGGUGGAGAAGAUGUUGAUUGCGUAUGGCAUGACCGAGACGAGUCCGGUUACAUUUAUCACUGCGCUUAGUGACUCCGAUGAAAAAGGCUUUACUACUGUUGGUAGACUUAUUCCGCAUAGCAGUGCUAAAGUUGUUGAUAAAAACGGCAACAUUCUAUCCCUCGGCCAGCGGGGGGAACUCUGUACAAGUGGAUUCGCCUUACAGAAGGGAUAUUGGAAGAAUGAAGAGAAGACAAGAGAGGUAAUGCGGAAAGAUGGGAAUGGGGUUUUGUGGAUCCACACGGGGGAUGAAGCCCUCCUAGAUCACGACGGGUAUGCCCAAAUAACUGGUCGGAUCAAGGAUAUGAUUAUUCGCGGCGGCGAGAAUAUUUUCCCUCGAGAGAUCGAAGAGCGAUUGGUGCUUCAUCCAGCGAUUAGCGAAGCUAGCGUGGUUGGGAUCAGGCAUUACAAGUACGGGGAGGUCGUGGGUUGCUUCCUUAAAGCAGUGGAGGGUGCUCCGAGGAUUCCGAAGACUGAAAUUCAACAAUGGGUUGGAGAAACGCUCGGACGACACAAGACUCCAAAGCAUAUCUUCUGGAUUGGUGAUGCCCAUGUUGGCGAUGACUUCCCGAAGACAGGGAGUGGAAAGCAUCAGAAGCACAUCAUGCGGGACAUAGGAAAUCAGCUGGUUGGUCAGAGCAGUCGUAAAGCGAAGCUAUAG